AUGAUUCCCCAGACUCAGAAGCAGUGGGUAGUGCGCGCCAGCGGCAGCGGCGGCUUCGACUCCCUCCAAUUUGAGACGGAAGCUCCAAUCCCGCACGUUGGCGAUCGCGAUGUACUGGUUCAAAUUCAUGCUGUCUCGUUGAACUUCCGCGACCUGAUUAUAGCAAGGGGCCUAUACCCAUUCCCGCACCAAGACAAUCUUGUGCCAUUGUCCGAUGGAGCUGGUGUCGUUGUAGCCGUCGGUUUUAGCGUGAGCCGGUUCCAAAUCGGCGAUCGGGUGGCGACCCUAUUCCACCAGGAUCACCUCGCAGGACCCAUUGAUGCUAAGGCUCGCGACAGCGCCCUCGGGAGCUCCCUUCAUGGUGUCUUGAGAGAGUAUGGCGUAUUUUCGGAACAAGGCCUCGUCAGUGUUCCGGGAAAUCUCAACCUCCUGGAAGCUGCGUCACUGCCGUGCGCUGCAUUGACCGCUUGGAGCGCCCUCUAUGGUCUCGAAGGAAGGGCACUGAAGCCGGGCGACACGGUGCUUACCGAGGGCACAGGCGGUGUUAGCAAUUUUGCUAUUCAGUUUGCCAAGUCCGCUGGUGCUAAAGUCAUAGCAACUACAUCAUCUGAUGAGAAGGCUAAACGGCUCAGAGACCUUGGCGCCGACUUCGUGAUUAACUACAAGGAAAACCCUGAAUGGGGCCAGCUUGCAAGGGGUAUGACACCCAACGACGAGGGGGUCUCUCUGGUUGUCGAGGUUGGGGGUCCAAACACUCUGAGACAGGCUCUCACUGCUCUGAAGCUUGAUGGCUUGAUCUCGAUGGUUGGUUCGAUCAGCGGGUUCACCUCGCCUGGUGACACAAAGGAGCCGACAUUCCUCGAGACGGUCAUUGGCUCCUGCACUGUACGAGGAAUAGCAGUCGGCUCAAGACUCCAAUUUGAGGAUAUGAAUCGUGCUAUUGAAGCCAAUGACAUCCAUCCUGUGCUAGAUGGACGGAUUUUUAGCUUGGCGGAAGCUCGAGAAGCUUUUGAGUAUCUAUGGAACCAGCACCAUUUUGGGAAGGUUAUCCUUCAAGUUGUUUAG